CCGGUUCCAUGGACCGGUUAGACUCGCCCGCUCCUGCCCCGGAUGGAGCGCGGUGGGCCGGGCAGAGAGGCCGCGGAGGGGCGGGACAGGUGCGGCUACAAGAGGAGGAUGAGCGGCUCAGCGGGUGUUUCACCGUGAGGACGGAAGUUCACCGCAAGUUUGAUUCUGCUCCGUCGUCGUCUCAUGUUUUACGAUACUUCUCCCACCGGGAAACCGUUUCCGGUUGUUUUGAGCUCGCACCGUUUUUAAACCUUUAACGAACUUGAACAUUUUAAUUUUUUAAAAAGUUGAAACCACAGAAGCUGAGUGAAGAGUUUACUCAGCUGGAGGAAGAGAUUUAAACAUGGAGCAGAAGGAUUGUUACCGACACCCGUUCAUCCACCAGGUGAAGCUGACCACCGGCCAGAGGAUCCGGGGCGUCAUCCUGGGCAGCCUCCUCUUCCCCGUGCGCGUCACACUGGCGGCCCUUCUGUUCCUCGUCGCCUGGCCUCUGGCUCGGCUACGGCUGGCCGGCCUGUCCGAGGAGGAGCGAGCCCGGCCCGUCACGGGCUGGCGCCGCUGGCUCAUCCACCCCAUCAUCUUGCUGCUGAGCAGAGCCGUCUUCUUCUCCCUGGGCUUCCUGUGGGUGAAGGUCAAAGGUCGCAGGGCCGAUCUGAAGGAGGCGCCGGUGCUGGUGGUGGCGCCGCACAGCGGCUUCCUGGACAUGCUGAUCCUGUGUGAGACGCAGUUGGCCACGGUGGUGUCGCGGUCGGAGAACACGAGCCUGCCAGUCAUAGGAGCUUUGCUGGAGUUCAACCAGGCGGUGCUGGUGAGCAGGAAAGAUCCCGAGUCGAGGAGGAAGGCGGUCACCCAGCUCACGGAGAGGCUGACCUCUGAUGGCUACUGGCCUCAGAUGCUGAUCUUUCCAGAGGGAACCACAACUAACGGCCAAGUGCUCAUCAAAUUCAAACCUGGUGCCUUCGUCCCCGGAGUCCCGGUCCAACCUGUUCUGUUGCGUUACCCCAACAGGCUGGAUACCGUUCGCUGGACAUACAAAGGAACAUCCUGGGUCGACGUUCUGUGGCACACCACUUCACAGUUCUACACCAACAUGACGGUUGAGUUCCUGCCAGUUUACAACCCGUCGGAGGAGGAGAAGAAUGACCCCAACCUGUACGCAGACAAUGUUCAGAAGCUCAUGGCCGGGGCGCUCAGAGUCCCAGCCACAGACUACGUGAUGCAGGGGGGGGUUCCUGUCAACAAACUGGGGGGUCUCUCUCUCCCACUGGAGUCUCCCGCCAGGAGGACGCUGUCCCUGCUGCACAGGAGCAGCCUGGAAGCAUCUGCAGUGGAAGACGCACUGGACCGGAUGAUCGACAGGUGUCGGUCAGGAGCUCCAGGGUCAAAGGUCGGCGCAGAGGAGCUCGCCUCGAUUCUCGGACUGACGGACAGAGAGACGGCCGUCAGAGUCUGCAAACUCUACUCCAAGGAUGAAUCUGUGGAUGUGGGACAGUUUUGUUUGAGUGUCUCUGCCGUCUCAGGAUUCCUCAGCUUCAAGUCUCUUCUUCACAAAGCUUUCAGCCUGUUCGACAGGGAGGGCAGAGGAAGCCUGAGUGCAGAGGAGCUGUCGGGCCUCAUGGGGGCGCUGCUGGGUUUUCCUCAGUACAACACCGCCCAGCUGUUCAAGGAGGCCUCGCAUCAGGACGAGGUGACGGAAGAAAAUCUGCUGCGAGUGCUGACGACCCACCCGACCUAUCAGAGAGUGGUGAACGAAUACCUGCAGCCGGUGGAGGCGGGCUCUCACCUGCCGUUCACUCCCCUGCCGGGGGGGAAGACUGUGAACAACAACAGAGAUUUGCACCACAACAAAAAGUUUGAAUGAGGAUUUAUUUUUGUUUCUCCAGGACGAUCGGCCCCAUUUUUUUACGCUACAGAAGAUGAGAAUCGACAAGAUGAAUGUAUUUUAUUAAUGUUGAGUGAAUGUUUGAAGAGCGUGUUUCUGCUCUUUUGUAAAAAUAUCUUCAAGAAAAAAAAAAAUCUUAUUUUUUGUCACUUGAAGCCAAAACAUGAGUUUCCUCUUAUGUAUUUGAAAUGAUUUCUCUUUUUUUUUUAAAGGGACGAGGGAUUGUGCAACAAAAACUACUCAGUAAUUCAGAGUUUAUCUUGUGUAAAUUAACUGUUGUGUGAAAUAUCUUUAUAUUUAACGAUGAAUUAAACUGUGAAUUGUUCCAAGUGUUUUGCUGUUUUUGGUUGCCUAUAAAUAAUUUAUUUGA